AAGGGGCGGCGGCUUGAGUCGGAGUUGCUUAUCUGAGUCUCUCGACGGUCACAAACGCCAUGGAUUUAAUUUCCCUCUCAUCUGCUCUGAAUCCUCCUUUCUCUUCCCUUCAACUCAAACAUAAACCCUCUCUUGCUCUCCCUAAUAAAGCCCCUCCCUUUUUUAGCCUCAAACCGACACCCGUUUCUUUUUCUCUCAAACUGAAAGCCACCGCUAACAGCCUAGAAUUCUCAGCCCCUCAGACCCCGGCCACCUCCAUGCGAGGGGCUGAGACCGACGCUAUGGGGUUGCUUCUGAAGGAGCGAAUUGUUUUCCUUGGCAACCAAAUUGAUGAUUUUUUGGCCGAUGCCAUUAUAAGUCAGUUGCUGCUUUUGGACGCUCAGGAUCCUACUAAAGAUAUCAGACUCUUCAUUAAUUCCCCCGGUGGAUCUUUGAGUGCUACAAUGGCUAUAUACGAUGUAGUGCAGCUUGUGCGGGCUGAUGUUUCCACGGUUGCAAUCGGCAUCGCAGCAUCAACGGCUUCUAUUAUCCUUGGUGGUGGCACCAAAGGCAAGCGCCUUGCAAUGCCAAACACACGGAUAAUGAUUCAUCAACCUCUAGGAGGUGCUAGUGGACAAGCUAUAGAUGUGGAAAUCCAAGCCCGGGAAAUUAUGCAUAACAAGAGCAAUGUGACAAGAAUAAUUUCCAGUUUUACUGGACGUCCGUUUGAGCAAGUAGAGAAGGAUAUCGAUAGGGACCGAUAUAUGUCUCCAAUGGAAGCAGUUGAAUAUGGAAUAAUAGAUGGAGUCAUUGAUAGAGAUAUGAUCAUUCCAUUGGAACCAGUGCCGGAAAGAGUGAAGCCAAGAUUAAACUAUGAGGAAAUUAGUAAAGAUCCGAAGAAAUUCUUGACCCCUGACAUUCCAGACGAUGAAAUAUACUAGGUGCAAGAGGUUUAUGUUUCAAUGGGGCUUGCCUGUCCCUUGAUUUUCAGUUUGUGUUUGUUAUGUAGAUUUAUGUAUUGAAUUGCAAGACACAAUUAAGGACAUAUUGGUUUCUGCAUUCGUAAAGUGAAAAUGUGGUUUUGGUCCUGCCAAAAUUGAUUAUUGUGAUUUAGAAACAUUUGAAUAUCGUUAGAACAGUGAAUGAAAUGGAAGGACGGACAAUUGGUUCA